AUGAGUCUAGUACCAUAUGAGGAAGGCUCGUUGAUUUUGGAUGACCCUAAUUCUAAAUCAGUGGUGAUCGUCAAUCCAAAAUCAGGAACUUUAUCAUUUUUCCAGCAGGACAACAGCAAUGACGACCCAGAAGGAAUCGAUGAUCUGACUGUAUCCUCAUCGGCACUAGAAUUUCCCUCAGGAAUUCAUCAGUUCAAGAGCCCUAUUGCCUCUUAUAUAUGCCCCCAGUGUGGAACGGAAAUCAACCCUGAUAUUUUGAACAGGAGACAACUUCAUCGUCGAGCAUCUAGUGGUGCGGAAUCUGAAAGCAGUAGGCUCGCUAUUCCAGAGAAUACAAUACCGCUUGGGUUUGAAUUUGCGAAUUCAAGUUUUUCAAGAAGAUACUUUCAGUUACUAGAAAGAAAUCAUCGGCACUACGCCUUACAAAACGAUACAAGCAAUAAGGAGAGACAGUUCAAUAAGAAUAAAUACUUCAUCCCAGAUGAGCUGUUUAUUCCGGGAUACUUCCGUAAAUUUUUCAAAAUAUUAUCUCUGCUGGGAAAUGGUGCAAGAGGAUCUGUAUACAAAGUUGUACACACAAUAGGUAAUACUGAGUUGGGAGUUUUUGCACUGAAAAAAAUUCCCAUUGGAAACGAUAUGGAAUGGUUUAAUAAAUGCAUAAGAGAGGUAAAAGCACUGAGCUCGCUAACUCACAAAAGUGCCAACUUGAUUACAUAUAAUCAUGUUUGGCUGGAGAUGGACUCUUCAGUUGGAUUUGUCAGGUCCAUUGAUGGGAGUCAAUCAGAAUCACAGGAAGAAAUUCCUUGUAUUUUCAUUUUACAACAGUAUUGUAGUGGCGGUAAUUUAGAGGACUGUAUCUUGAGAAAUGUUUUCGACAGAUUCUCAGAUACUGAACCACCUGAAGAAAGAAAGAAGAAAUUUAGAACUCGUAAGAGGAACAACGGCAAAUCAAAAGAAGUUGGUUUGUCUACUGAGCAACUCGUAUCGAUUAUAAGGGACAUCGCAAGAGGGUUACACGAACUACACAGUAUUGGCUUAAUUCAUAGGGAUUUGAAACCCUCGAAUUGUUUAUUGUUGACCCCAUUCAAAAAUGACGACGAUAAUGAUGACGUAUACGAAAGGGAACACAGUCCAGAUGAUUUUUUUCCAUCGAUUGUGAUUGGCGAUUUAGGCGAAAGCCAGUUGGAAGGAGAAUCUAGAUUAGGCACUGGUUGUACGGGAACGUUAGAAUUUACAGCACCCGAACUUAUUAUCCAGGGAAGGCCAGGUUCUUCUUUUACGUUGCCUUCAAAGUCGAAUCAUACAUACAAUGAAUAUACCUUUGCUUCGGAUAUGUAUUCCUUGGGAAUGAUUUGCUAUUUCAUUGUGUUUGGUGAGUUGCCGUUUGAACCCCAGCUGGAUAUAGUGGAUUUGAAAGUACGCAUUAAGAAUUUCAGGUUUGACACCGAAAGUAUGAUCGAAAAACACCAAGCAAUGAAACUGAAACCAAUAGACUGUAAAAUUUUCCAUCUGAUGGAUGCCCUUUUACAACCAAGUAGUAAGGCUCGGCCCACUGCAAAGUCGGUAGAGAAGACAUUGGAUGAAAUGUUUGUAAAUUCCAAACCAAGUAAAAAAUUUUGGGAAGAAAAUAUCGACAACACGAUGAAUUUCACCACAAUAUCAGAAGUAAACGAAAAUACCAACAGCUUUAGUGAUGAUUAUAUCGAGGGAGACAAUGUGACUUUAUCAUUACCAGCACCGGAAGGAAAUAUAAGUUCCAUAUCAUCCCAAAAAGUUCAUACGUAUUCUGCCCUAAACAGGACAAUACAGAUAUGCUAUAAGCUAGUCUCUAUAAUACUAACAAUAAUUAUCUUCAGAUUUACGAAAACAGGGUCCUGGCUCUCUUAUUUGUCACUGAUCUUAUUGGGGAUGGUUUUUAAAUCACCUGCCGAUGAAAGAGGUAAACAUGCAAGGGCGUUGGUUUUGCUGGCCCUUAUUGCGGCAUGCAAAAGAUACAUAUUUUAA